AUGUCAAACUUCGCUACUAGGGGGACAGGAAGAGGAAAACCGCAAAAUUCAGGUAGUUUCUUUUUAAAAAAAUAUUUUUAAAAUAUAUUCUAAAUUAUAAUUUUUAUAGACCAUGUAAUGAAUAUGCAGCAACCAAUGCAAACUGCAUUUGCAGUACCGGUUGUUCAACACCAAAGUGGAGAAUUCCGGCCAGAGUAUUCGAUGCCUCCUGCAGUUCAUGCUCAAAAUUUCAAUUACAGACAAAACUAUGAUAAUUCUCAAUAUUAUCAGCAACAACAACAGCCACAACAAUUGUAAGUUUGUUUUUUUUAUUUUUGUUAAAAUGUUAUCAUACUUUUGCAGCUAUCAAAGACAGGAUUAUCAAGCCUAUCCAUAUUAUCAACAACCGCAGCAGUAUAUGGACCAAAUGCAGUACCAGGUUAGUUUUCGUUUUUAAUCGGAGUUUCAAGUAAACUACAGAAUAUUCAUAUAUUUAGACAAUAGUUAAAAUAUUUUUUUAGCAACAACAAUCGGCACAACAAGCAGCUCAGCCUCCUCAACCACUUCCACAGCAAAAACGGAAGAAGGCUAUUCUGAAUAUUGUUGAUCCAAAUACAUUGGAACCAGUUCUUAUUGCCAGUACGCAAGAGGAAACUUCUGCCGCCGCUCCAUCGACAGAAACAUCAGCGCCUGUUGCUGCUGCGGCUACUGUAGCCGCAACUGCACCUGCACCAGAUGUUGUUCAUCAAAAUGCCGAACGGAAAAAUCAAGUCAAGACGGAUUUAAUGGAACAAAUCAAGAAAGGUUUGUUAUUUUAAUAUUUUACUUUUAAACUAAAACUUUAUUCGUUUUUUUUUCAGAAUUGAGUUCGCAAUCUAAUUCUGAAUCUUCGACCACUGCUGCUUCAGUUAAAAAAGUUGAAAAAACACCUGAACCAGUUGCAAUCGAAAAACCAACAGCAGUUGCUGCGGCAGUCGCACCAGUUGAAACUGCACCGAUUGUUCCGGAAAUCAAAAAGCCCGAAAUUGUCAAAGAAGAUUCAAAAGAUGAAGUUGAACCUGAUGAUAAAUUCGACGAAACUCCAGCUCCACGCGAUGCUGUUUCAUCAUUAUCAGACGACGCUCCACCAGAGGUUGAGAAAACUCCAGAAGAGAUUGCGAAAGAAGAAGCUGAACGAGUUGCAGAAGAAGCAGAAAGAAAACGAGUCCGUGAAAUCGAGCUUGAUUCGAAAAUUGAUGAUCUUUUGGGAAGCGAAGAGGUUAAUGUUGAUCUAGGAGUUUAUGGACGAGAUUUUAUGGUUACACUUCGUGAAAUUGAAAAAGAAUAUAAAAGAACACCAUGUCCAUUGUCGCCUAUUGAAUUGAAUGAUUUUGGAUUGGAUAUCAACACAAUGUCAAAAUCCGAGAAGAAGACAAAUUUCACACCAGCCUGGAUGACCAAAAAUAAAACGGUUGGUUACUUAUUUCUCAAAAUUUUCAAAUGUGAUUUCAAAAAAAAAGUAUUUUAGGCUUACCGUGGUCGCACUACAACUGAUGGUACUGGAAGAGGUGGAAAUCGACAAGAUCGAGGAAUGAAUAAUAAAAGACCUCCACCAGUUCGUCAAUCAAUUGAACGAGUUCAACGAAUGACGUUGCCAACAUCGAAAGAUGCAUGGAAACCAGACAGGCAAAAAGUUGGAGCAUUUGAAACAACACCAGAAGAGGAUUCAGUUCAAGCGAUAUGCAAAAAAGUUCGAUCUUUGAUGAACAAAAUCACACCAACAUCAAAAGAGAAUCUCACCAAAGAGUUCAAAUCUUACGAUGUUUCAUCACACGAACAACAACUUGCUCAAGUUGUUUCAAUUAUCUUCGAUAAAGCUGUUGAAGAACCAAAGUUCUGUUCUCUUUAUGCUGAAGUUUGUAGAGAUCAAGUUGAUCACGAACUCAAGCUUUCGAAAGGUGAAAAGAAGAGUGCGUUCAGAAAUGCUAUUUUGACAAGAGCACAAGCUACUUUCCAUGACAAGACUUAUGAAGUUACUGAUGAGAAGCAGAAAGCUUUGGAAUCUGAAACUGAUACACAGAAAAAGCUUGCUUUGGAAUUGGAGAUUCUUGAAGCACGAACCAAAUUCCGUCGAAGAAAAUUCGGUAACAUGACGUAAGUUCAAUCUUAUAUUUUUUCUAGUUGUAAUUUUAUUUUUUCAGUUUCAUUGGACAUUUAUACCGAAAUCAUUUGUUGUCCACCAAAAUCGUUCAAGUUUGUAUUUUCGAGCUUCUACAAACUAUUGUUCCAGCUGACAAUAUUCCUCCAAAACCAGAAAACAUUGACGAGGUAAGCGAAAAUAAUACAAGUUCAUACAUAAAAUAAGUCCUCCGAGUCAGUUUUUGAAGUUAGGGUCCCUCCUUGAAAAUUUUCCAAAGUUAAACACCUGCCUCACAUUUUUGAGCGAAUUUCGGUAAAUUAUCAGCAGAAAAUUGGCCAAGUUAGGCACCCUUCUCUUCACUCUCUCUCUUUUUUGAAAAAAGUUAAGCCCCUCGCCCCGAUUCAGGGGACCCAUUUUAUGUAUGUACAAGUUAAUAAAAUAUAAUCAUGUUUUAUUAGGAAUCCGUUCAUUGUGCUCUUCAACUUAUCGAAACUCUUGGAGGUAUUAUUGACACAAAUGUUGGUUCAAAAAUGUUGGAUCAAUGGUUCGAGAAACUCGAAGCAGCUAAACCAUUCUGUACUAACAAAAUCCGAUUCAUGAUUAUGAAUGUUGUUGAACUUCGUAAAAACAAAUGGACUCCACGCAAAUCGGUAGAAUCUGGACCGAAGAAACUUGAAGAAAUUCACAAGGAUAUUCGACAAGAACAAAUAGACAACGAAAAAGCGAGAGAUCAAUACGAAAAUAAACGAGGAGCUGGAAUUCGAUCAAACAGCAAUUCAUUGAGAGGAAAAGGCGGUAUUCCAUCAAGAAAUUCGAUUGAACGAAAACAACCAGAUCAAAAACGAGCUCAAGCUGCAAAUGUCUCCAAAUUCACACAGAGUCAGAGUAAGUUCUCAAGAUUUUCGAAAGCAAUGAUAGAAGUUUUGUGUGAUGUCCGAGUGGUUUGAUUGUAACGUGGCCAGAAAUGGCUUAACCCAACGUUACUUCAACUAUCAGAAGAUGGAAAUUUUACACAAUGUCUGAGCUUUUUCUAAAUUACCUAUAAUUGUUGAAAAUUUCAGUAAUUUAAAAACUUUGUUGCAGAUCUUCCACCACGCAAUUUAUCAUUAUCACAAUGUGAUAAUUUGCCAAGACCGAAGAAGGAUUGGUCAUCUGGAUCUGUUGGUGGUGGAACUUCGGAAUCAUCUCAACAACAAUCACAAAAUGACAACAACAGAAAAAAUAGCAUUGAUCACCGAAAGAAAUCAACAACAAAUGAACGACAAGCCGCAAUUUCGGCAGCGAAAAAUAUUUCGGGUUCAAAUGCUGGACAAAUUUCUGCGCGUCGUUCAACUUCACAAAACUCGAUUGCUGAAAAUGGAGCUGAAGUUGUGUUAACCGAAGAGCAACAAAACGCUAGAGAGGGUCUUAUGAAAAUGAUCAAAUCGGAUAUCAAAGAAGUGAUUGAAGAACUAACAACCGUCAAAGAUGUUGUUGAUGGAAUUUUCGAUGCAGUUGGCAAAGAAAAGUAUGCGUCACCAACAUUGGCGAAUGUCUACGAAAUGAUUGUUCGAUCGAUUUCGGAAGAAGUUUUGAAUGAACAACAAAGAAUUCUUCUCUCUUCAAUCUUAAGGCAAUCUAUUUCUAAUAAGGAAAUUAAACAAGCUUUUAUCAAUGGGUUAGUUUUUUUUUCAAAAAUAUUCAAACAAGUAAAUAAAAAAUAAUUUCAGAGUUGAAAAGUUCUGCAAACAUGCUGUUGAUGUUGAAAUGUGGAUCGAUUCACCUAAAUUGUGGAAUGUAACUGGAGAAGUAUUGUUUAAUAUCAGUCAUGUGUUACCAGAUGUUUUGGAAUCCGAAAAAGAAAUGACAAUUGAAAGAUUAUCACUUUCUGAUUUGGACCCAGUAUUCUUGGCUGCCUACGCACCAGAUGAAUCGAAAAAAUUCGAACUUUUGGUAGAUUAUUUGAAACGAUGGGUGAGUUGUUUGCUUUUGGUUUUUGAGAUAGCGUAAAAUUGAGAGGUUUCAGUAAAAAAAAAUUAGUUUUCAUUCGAAACCCUAUUUUUUUUCUCACAAAAACUCAAUUUCAUCUUGUAGGAAUAUAUGAAUAUUUGUUACAUUUUUAAAAUAAUUUUUAAUAAUUUUCAGACGGAAGCCGAAUUGGAAGAAAAUAAAGGAAAUGUAGCUGAAGGAGUUUCUUGGGAAUAUCACGAAUUGAAAAGUCGUGGAGAAUUGGAAAAAUUGGGAUUAGUUGACGAAUUGAACAAGUGUGAAACAAAAACGGGUGUAUCAUUGAAACAAGCUCUAAAAUUGUGA